UCGAUCGAACGCCCUGCGUCACUGUGUCACGUGUGUUUUUAAACCUCCGGCGGGUGGACGCGGGUCGAAUCCGCUUGUCAGCGCGAUUGAACCGGAUUAAACUCGUCAGGCCGCCGGUGACCGGAGGUAAACAUUAACCAGAGCACCGGGCGGGCGUGGACGUGUCACAGUGUGUCCGGACCGUGGAACAUGGCGGCAGCUUCCUCCUCGGUGCGCCUCAGGGGACAGAUGUUGUUCAGGUGUUCAGCGAAGCAGGCGAGCAGGAGGUUUUCAGAGAACGGUGACAAAGGCUGGUUUCGUUCCUUAUUUGUGCACAAAGUCGAUGCCAGGAAAGAUGCCCACUCCAACCUGCUGUCAAAGAGGGAGACCAGCAACCUGUACAAAAUUCAAUUUCACAAUAUCAAGCCAGAGUGCCUGGAAGCGUACAACAGUCUAGAGGCUGAGGUGCAAAACAGGCUCCAUCAGGACCAGGACUACCCAUGUGAGGUGGUCGGGAGCUGGAAUACCUGGUACGGAGAACAGGAUCAAGCUGUGCAUCUAUGGAGAUACAAGGGAGGUUACCCAGCCUUGACCGAAUGUCUGGAGAAGUUGAACAAUAACAAGGAGUAUUUAGAAUUUCGGAAAGAGAGAGCGAAAAUGUUGAUUUCAAGGCGAAACCAGCUUCUCCUGGAGUUCAGCUUUUGGAACGAACCUCUGCCCAGAAAAGGACCAAACGUCUAUGAAAUGCGCACAUAUCAACUCAAGCCCGGAACCAUGAUCGAAUGGGGCAACCACUGGGCCAGGGCCAUUAAAUACCGACAGGAGAACAGUGAGGCGGUGGGCGGGUUCUUCUCACAGAUCGGUGACCUGUAUGUUGUUCAUCACUUGUGGGCUUAUGAAAGCCUUCAAUCCCGGGAGGAGACGAGAAACUCUGCGUGGCUGAAGGAGGGAUGGGAUGCAAAUGUGUAUUACACAGUGCCUUUGAUUAGAAGCAUGGAGUCUAGAAUAAUGAUUCCCACCAAGAGUUCACCAUUACAGUGAGAUGGAGACAAACAACCGAACGACCACAGCUCAUUCACUGACUGCCAGAGCAACGUGGAAUGAAUCUUGAUCUUACUGAUUGUGCUUCUUUUUAACUGCUGGGUGAUCUCUGUUACUACCAUGGAUGUAAACAAACACUGAUGUGAAUUUAUUUCUGAAAAUCUUGAACUACGUAAUUUUCCCGAGGAUUAGGUCGAGUACGUUGACGAACUGAGUAGGUAAAAUACCAAAUUACAUUGGGCUGAUUAGAGUAAUUUACAUUAUGAGAUGCUGCUUUUUGUUUUAAUCAUGACUGAAGAGAGUCUAUAUGUUUUUCACUGUGACAAAAUAAUGGCAGUUUUUUUAUGUCUGUAGCCAAAGAAUCACACUGAGCUUCACCACUGUGAAUCAAAUAUUUAAUCAAAUAAAGCUUGUGGACUACCUCAAUCAAUCAAAUAUCUGAUCACUGUAAUGAUUCCAAUAAACCAAGAUGUGUGAGGAGCCAAUGAGGGGCACGUGUUUACUUUGUAGUCUGAAAUGACCACCCUUCAAAAUAAAAGUUGUCAAA